AUAGAACGCCAUUGAUAUUUGAUAUUGACUAUUUUUCAAGGAAAAUGAAAGGUAUGUUUGCUUUUAAAUCGGUUUAUUAAUAAUUGACCAGUAUUUAUCAAUACUCUGUACAUUGUGAGUGGUAUUUUGUUGCUGCUGGAAAGAACAAUAGUCACACUGCACCUGUUUAAGAUGGUACUAUCUCUAGACCGCUGGAUUGGAAAAGUGGCAGUUGUUACUGGUGCUAGUGCCGGUAUAGGUGCCGAAAUUCUAAAAAAAUUGGCAGAGAGUGGUAUUAUUGCGGUUGGGUUGGCUAGAAGAGCUGAAAAAAUUCAGGAAUUUUCGAAAAAAUGCUCAAACUUGAAAGGAAAAAUCCACGCCAUACGGUGCGACGUAACCAAUGAGACAGAUGUUAAAAAAGCAUUUGAAGAAAUUAAAAAAAUAGGCGCUGUUCACAUACUGAUCAACAAUGCCGGAACAAUGGGAAAAACAAACCUUUAUGACGGACAAUGUGAAGAGUGGAGAAGGAUUCUAGAAACCAACGUAAUGGGACCAUGCAUUGUCGCCAAAGAAGCUAUCAGGGUUAUGUCCGAACAGAAAAUAGCUGGUCAGAUUAUUAACAUAAACAGUAUUUUGGGCCACCAUGUAUACAAUAUUCCAAAAGCGAAUAUUUAUCCGGCAUCGAAGCAUGCCCUGACCGCUUUGACGGAAACUUUGAGACUGGAAUUAAUUGGCAUUGAUUCGGAUAUCAAAGUGACAAGUUUAAGUCCAGGCCCUGUCGAUGAUACAGAAUUCUUCGUCCGAAGCAAUAUUGGCAAAGAUGGCGACGGUCCAAUAAAACAUUUUUUAAAACCAGAGGACAUCGUCGAUAGUGUUAUGUAUGUUUUAUCUACGCCACCGCAUUUGCAUGUAGCUGAAUUAAUGCUAAGACCACUAAAAGAACCUCUGUAAUAAAGUACUACCUACCUGUAUUAAUUAUUACAUUGUUAUAAUAUAAUUUAUCAAUAUGUUAUUACACAAAUCUAAUAAAUGUUUUAACCUUC